AUGGUUAUGUCAACAACCAUUCCCUCCCCCACCAAGGCUCGUGUUCUCAUCAUCGGAGCAACGGGUUUCAUAGGAAAGUUUGUCGCUGAGGCAAGCCUCCUCACUGCACACCCCACCUACUUGCUUCUCAGGCCACCUCCUCUUGUCCCUUCCAAGGAUGUCAUUGUCAAAACCUUCCAAGAAAAAGGUGCCAUAGUUAUUCACGGUGCGAUAAAUAACAAGGACUUUAUGGAAAAGAUUUUGAAAGAGUAUGAAAUAGACAUUGUCAUUUCUGCCAUCGGGGCUGAGGGCUUGCUGGAUCAGCUUACACUGGUGGAGGCCAUGAAAUCCGUUAAGACUAUUAAGAGGUUUUUGGCGUCAGAGUUUGGGCAUGAUGUGGAUAGAGCUGAUCCCGUGGAGCCAGGUCUAACAAUGUACAAGGAGAAGCGAUUAGUUAGGCGCGCGGUUGAGCAAUCUGGGGUUCCAUACACCAAUAUUUGUUGCAAUUCCAUUGCUUCUUGGCCUUACUAUGACAACUGCCACCCAUCUCAGCUUCCUCCACCCUUGGAUCAAUUGCAGAUAUAUGGUCAUGGCGAUGUUAAAGCUUACUUUGUUGAUGGCAUUGAUAUUGGAAAGUUCACAAUGAAGGUUGUUGAUGAUGUAAGAACAGUCAACAAAAAUGUUCAUUUUCGACCAUCUAACAACUGCUACAGCAUCAAUGAACUUGCUUCUUUGUGGGAAAUGAAAACUGGGCGUACAAUCCCUAGAGUGACCAUAUCAGAAGAUGAUCUUUUAGCAGUAGCAGCAGAAAAUUGCAAACCCCGAAGUAUUGUGGCAUCUUUCACUCAUGACAUAUUCAUCAGAGGUUGUCAAGUUAACUUCAAGAUAGAUGGAGUUGAUGACGUUGAGAUUAGCACGCUUUAUCCCGAUGAAGCAUUUAGAAGUUUGGAGGAUUGCUUCGAGGGCUUUGCUCUUAUGAUCAACGACAACACUUACAAAGUGGAGCAUAAAAUUAUGGCCACAAAGUCUGUACUGGAAGCAGUGCCAAUCACAGCUUCCUGUGGAUAA